GUUUCAGACAAAUCCCAUCUGACCAUCUUCUUUUGUUUCAUGACGACUAUUACGGAUCCCAAAGUAAAGGAAACCAUCACGGCUGAUCCAUACAAAACUCUUCAAGAUGGAAUCUGUUGUGGACGUCGUGACGACGGUCUUUCAGGCAAUCCUGGCGGUUAAUGUCGUCUUCACCGUCGGAUACGCGUAUAAUGGGAAACGUGCGUCGACUUUGAGCAAGACUUUGUCUGCUUUGUCUAAUAAUCUCCUCUUACCCCUUCUCAUCUUGACCACUUUUGCUGCCUCACCCUCUCUUACUUGGAAGCGACUUCUUCAAUUAUGGCCAUUGGCGAUUAUCUCGCUUACGACCCAUGCGGCCUCUUUGGUUGCUUCCAUUCUCUCGUGCAGAUAUUUUGGCGCCCCAGGCUGGGCUGUUGAGAGUUUGACGUAUAACAAUGUAACCUCUUAUCCAUUCCUUGUUGUCUACGCUCUGUACCGCGUGUCUGCCGUUGGUGGCUUGAACCAUCUGCACUGGCGAAUCAAAGACACAACGGCUGAAGCUUUUGAAAGAGCUACUAUCUACAUACUAACCAACUUUUUAAUCACAGAAUUUUUCCGAAAAUUCCUCAAUCCGUUCAUCGUACAGUCCGGUUUAAUGGAUAAAGAACAGGAAGACGCGGAUGAAAAUGUCGAGGAUGGUUUUUAUGCUGAAACGGUCGAAGCAACGGUCGAUGAAGAUGCGACUGAGCGUACUUCCCUCCUCAGCCGAGCACAGCAGCCAGAUUCUACCAAAUUAGCCAUCAUCCGCACCGCACACUCGCCGAUUCUUCUUUCAGCGAUACUAGGUCUCACCAUCGGUCUUGUCAAACCUCUGCAGAGAUUUAUCACAGGUGUAGGCGUCGAGGGCUCCAGUGGCGGCUGGUUAUGGUUAGCGGCUGGGUCAGCUUUGAAUGCGAUGGGUGGUUCGUUUCCUCUGUUUGCCAUUCUGGCUACCGGUGCGGCAAUGAGGGCUGGGGAGCAACCUCCAUCGCCUGAAUACAAGACACCUCCAACCCUGGGUACUGUGCUCUUAUUUGGCUUUUGGAGGUACAUUUGCAUUCCUGCCAUCACCCUUCCUAUCGUCAAGAGUUUCCACAAGAUUCCCUCCACAAAGGUUUUCCUGCAGGAUCCGGUCUUUUCGUUCGUGCUUGUCCUUACUGUUAUAACCCCUCCAUUGCUCCCAUCCCACUUAUCUCCCUUCCGAUCCUCUGUUCUCUUUUCCACCUUUUAUUCGUCUCUCAUCACCGCUGUCCCACUCGCUCUUGCUAUCGGUCUCUUCGGCCGUGGUAUCUCUUAUGAUCUCGACUUUGAUCUCGUAUCCGCACUCAAAUCUGCUGCCGGGGGUGGGCUGGCAGGCGCGGCCGCCAUGGUGAUACAAGUUCUAACGCUCAUGCCAAUGAGGACGAUUAUGAAUUACCAGUACCGAUACGGAGGUGGACUAAAAAGUGCGGCGGUGACAUUGUACGAAGAUGGGGGCUAUAGGCGAUAUUACGCUGGCUUGGCUGCUGCAUUAUUCCAAGGUCCCCUUUCCCGAUUUGGCGAUACCGCCGCCAAUGCCGGCAUCCUCGCCCUCCUUUCCUCCCUCCCUUGGCCUGUACUUGUCAAGACUGUGGCUGCGAGCGUCGCCUCUGCUUGUUUCCGGAUGACGCUCACCCCUAUCGAUACCAUCAAGACUACUCAACAGACUCAAGGUGGUGGGGCGGGCUUGAGGUUGAUCAAGGAGAGGGUCAGGCAGCAAGGGGUGGCUAGUCUGUGGUAUGGCGCUUUGGCGACGGCUGCAGCGACUUUUGUCGGGCAUUAUCCUUGGUUCGGAACUUACAAUUAUCUCCAGGCCACACUUCCUCUUCCCCAUACCAUUAUUCAGAAACUCUUCCGCCAGGCAUUCAUCGGUUUUGCCGCAUCCCUUGUCUCCGAUACCUCAUCCAACUCUCUUCGUGUCGUCAAGACGUAUCGACAAGUACACGAAGGUGAUGUCGGCUAUCUCACUGCUGCGAAGAGGAUUGUAGAGGCAGAGGGAUGGAGGGGAUUGUUUGGAAGGGGCUUGGGUACGAGGUUGAUAACUAAUGGACUACAAGGCUUGUUGUUCAGUGUCUUGUGGAAGCUGUUCGCGGACUUGAUCGCGGGCAAGUAAUCACUUGUGCUUUUUUCUCUCGCGUAUUGGAGAAGUAGACCUUUCUUGUGUGCUAUGAAACGAAUAGAAAAAAAAACCUAAAUGUAUUGGACGGACCAUGAUGGCACAGCUAUGA